UCAGUGUCCCGGAAGCGGAAGCGCGGCCUCCGUGCUGUCAAAGUUGUAGUGUUCCUCGGUCCCGGGAAGGCUUGUCCAGGUCCCUCGCUGGCUUUGGAGCGCUUCCCCCGUGAAGGGUGGGAGCGCCGGCACGGACCAGCGAGAUGAGCACCAUGUUUGCAGACACGCUGCUCAUCGUUUUUAUCUCCGUGUGCACCGCGCUGCUCGCCGAGGGAAUAACGUGGGUCCUGGUUUACAGGACCGACAAGUACAAGAGAUUGAAGGCAGAAGUGGAAAAACAAAGUAAAAAAUUAGAAAAGAAGAAGGAAACUAUAACAGAGUCAGCUGGCCGGCAACAAAAAAAGAAGAUAGAGAGACAAGAAGAGAAACUAAAGAACAACAAUCGAGACCUGUCAAUGGUACGAAUGAAAUCCAUGUUUGCAAUUGGCUUUUGUUUUACUGCCUUAAUGGGAAUGUUUAAUUCCAUAUUUGAUGGUAGAGUGGUAGCAAAGCUCCCCUUCACCCCUCUUUCUUACAUCCAAGGAUUGUCUCAUCGAAACCUGCUGGGCGAUGACACCACAGACUGCUCCUUCAUCUUUUUGUACAUUCUGUGUACUAUGUCAAUCCGACAAAACAUUCAGAAGAUCCUUGGCCUUGCCCCUUCUCGAGCUGCCACCAAGCAGGCUGGUGGAUUUCUUGGCCCCCCACCUCCUUCUGGAAAGUUUUCUUGAAAGAAAGCAGAAUUCUUUAUUUCCUGUCUACUUUCUAGACAUUCCCAUCAGACUGCCAAGGCACCUGGCCACAUUCUAGUUUGAGUUAUUUCUCAGCUGUUUGGAUAUGAUCGGAAUGAGAAUGGCGUUUAACUAGUGGGUUAGUUCUCUCAGCCAUGGAUGACUCUAGUAAGUGGACGCAUUGGUCAAAUUUGAGUGAUUUUUAUGUAAUCACAAAGAUCAUCUUUCUUCUAUCACUUAAGUAUUUCUGUGGGACAAUGAUCAAGCCUGUGUAUGUGCCAUGUACCAUAGAAGCAGACUGUCUAUGAACAUUAGACAGCUAGGAGGAAAAACAGUUUGUAUAACAACUUAAUAGGAAGUUUUCGUUGUUUUUUAAAAAGCCAAAUAUGUCCCUUAUGUUUGAUUUGAUAACAAGCCAAAUUUUUAGCUGUUUCAUUUAGAGAGAUAUUUGAUUUUUUUUUGCAAAAUAAAAUAUUUUCUUUAAUCUAAACAUAAGGGUAAGCAUUGGCCCAGAAGAGCUAAAAUAAAAUUUUGUCAUGUGUUCCUAUACUAACCUUGUCUCAUAUGUUCAAAAUAUGGAAUUGUCCUAGCGUACAAUUUGAAAGUGUUCUAGUUUGCUUUCUGUUGCUUUGAUUAAGAUUGUGGUCAGAAGCAACUUAGGGGAGGAAAGGGUUUAUUUCACCUUACACUGCCAGGUCACAGUUCAUCCUUGAGUGAAGUAAAGGUUAGAAUUCAAGCAGGAUCCAAAGCAGAAGGCAUGGAAAAACGCUGCUUACCAGCUCUCUCUCUGGCUUGCCUCAGCUAGCUUUUUUAUACAGCCCUGGCCCACCCUGUCUAGAAGACUCUACAGUACAGAGGCCUGGACUGGGCCUCCUACAUCACUCAUCAGUGAAGACAGUCUCUCCCAGACAUGGCUAUAAGCCAGGCUGACCUGGGUGAUUUCUUAAGUUUCCCCUUGCCAGGUGACUCUGGGUUAUGUAAAGUUGACAAUAAAAACUAGCACAAAAAGUAAGAGUAAAAAGGAAAGGGAGAACACCAUGAUUAGAUAAUCUGUGCUUAUCUGGUGUGAUUCUGCUUGACUUGAAAGAAACAGCUUCAUGGGAGAGGGCUGGUUUCUCUUUACUGGAGACAAUACUUGGAGUCUGAUCUCAGAGCACUGCUCAUGGAAACAGUUGUUUCUAGAGCUUUCUGUGAACAUAAUAUUUGCUGUUUUAAAGCAGAUUACAUCAUGAGCUCAUACUGUCCAAGCUACAGCAUCUAUUUUACUUCUCUGGUUUGUAUUUCCUUUAUCAAACCAUGUUUAGAAUUACAGUUUUUAGUGCAGACCUGAUGGAAGUGGAGUACCACACAAUUGCCCUCUGGUUUAUUCUCAGACACACCCAGAAGUCUCAACUGACUGCAAGCAUUAGCCAGCAAGGCAACCGAAGCUUCUAGAAUGUAUUGAUUUUGGUAGGGAGCAGUGCAUCGCAUUGGGAACUCCCAGUCAGAUAACAGAUUUCCAGUAAUAUUUCCGAGAUUUUAACUUUCAGAGACUCUCUGUUUUAAGUGAUUUGUUUAGCAGUGUUGGGAACAACACCUGGGCCUUGUGCACUGAGCGCUUCAUCACUGAGCGGCAUCCUGAGCUCCUGAGUUUGCGUUUGAAAUUCAUGUCACAACUGUACAGUGUUUGAAUGGGUUUCUAGGUCACCAGCAAAAUCCUAGAGAUGGAGGUGGUUACACUCGUGUAAUGAGUGUAACUGUUCUCAAGACUCUACCUGUGAGAAAGAUGGUGCAGAAGGUUCCCCAAAACAAUUUCAAUUUUAAAACAGUGGUGGGGUCAUCAAGAACACCCCUGAAGCGAUACUUCUGGGGAGCACAGAAAAUCUCGAGUGAGUGUGUGCUGUUGAUGAGUACAGCCAUGUCAGGGACGCCCCUGUCUCAGACGCAUGUGGAUGGCAAGACCUUCCCCCGCUUGAGUAUGGAAACAGGCUGUGUUCAGAAAGUAUCAACUGCAGCUUUCUCCUCUCUGAUGACUUCAGUCUGAGUCCAUUCCCCUACGGACCCCUCUCACCCCCCGCCACCACCACCACUAAUACUAGCUAGAGAUGAGUUAACCUGCCUCUUAUAUAACACACCGAGUUUCUAGACCGUUGGUGUCUCUAUCACAGUGCACAGCCCACCUGAUCUCAGAUUUUUCUCUGCAUGUCUGUCAUUGACCAUUUAGGGCAACCCCAAAUGCCAUGCUUGUCUUGGGAGAUAUUGCUACCUUAUUCUUUUCCAAUAUUUGAUGGCCCACAGACUCUGGGUAAAGAAAUCACUAUGAGGGGGAUGUCACCAACACUUGCUCACUCAUCUCCCAGUUCUCAACCUGGUACCCCGCUCUUCUUCCUUCUUUGGCAAUGAUUUUUAUGUAGUCAUAUCUGAUUGUCUUACUUCUCUGAGAACAGCCACUCCAUGGCCCCUACUGUCCUUUAAGUCAGUUUAAACUGUUGCGCACACAUCAUCACCCCAAGGCAGAUCUCAGUUCUCCCUCCUACACCUCUGUUCCCUGCUUCCUGAAUCCCAGGCUUCAGUUAUCAAAGCUGACUAAAUAAAUUCUUUAUUUUUCUUGUGGGUUUUUUGUUUGUUUUGUUUGAGGCUUUCCUGUCUGUCUGCUCUGUCUGGUAUGUUGUGUCUGAUUUUCUCCUGCUGUCCUAGGAGUCACCAUCUUGUGCAAGGUUUCUCUGACCUUGACAUGGUUAGGUUAGACUUCCCUCCUUAUGCUUCUGUUUAAGCUUCUCAUAAAAGUCAUUUGUUAAAUGAUGAACAAUGACCUUUCUAACCCUCAGUCUCCUGAUCUGAAAAAUGGGGCUAAUAACCUUGGGAAAGCUCUUUACAGUCUCUAUGUAUCUGAGUCUUUGGAUAACCUGUCUGACGCUUGCCCACCUUGCUUUGAAUGCUCUCCGUGUUCAUGUUCUUUGGUUCCUACAGUGGUUUAUUUAAGUUGGUUACAUAUUAUGUGACUUAAUGAAAUACACAAGUGAGUAUUUGCUUCUAUGAAAACUAGGUUGAAUGGUUUAGAGUGACCUAAUAAACCAAUUUCCUGUCCUGCCACCAUUAGAGAACAGCAUCCAUCACCCUUUGCUACUUCAUGGUCUUGGGCCUCAGCAGGGGCUACAAUUUAACAGAAUGUCAGUGAACUGGGGCAUAACCCAUCCACUGGAGUCCCCACCAAACACACCAGAGUCCUGCGGGACAUGAUCCUGGAGGCAUGUGCCUUCAUCCAUAGGAAUGCUGCUGCAUGUACUCAAGGUAUCUAUGGACAAGCGUGUUCAAGCUCGUCAGGUAGAAGAUGAGAAAGUAGAGCGACUGAGAAAUGUGAGUGAUGUGAUGGUGGCCAUGGGCUGUAGCCAAAGAUUGAUCCCAUUGUCCCCUACAACCAUUUACUAUGCUGUACACAUGCAAAUCAAGUUGUUUCCUUGUAACUGACAUAGCAAAGACUUAAUAACAAAAUAAAUCAGGUUCUCUGUA